AUGACACAGCAGCUAGGUCCACCGCCAGUCCCGCCUCGACCUAUACCGCCGCCGCCCGUCCCGCCUCGUCCAGGCGCCGCACCGCCUGCUCUCGCUCCUCCUCCUGGUCCGCCCACCUUUCCGCCGGUCGUGAGAGGCAGGGUGCUAGCAGAUGGGUCGGAAACGAAGUCUGGAGUGCUCUGUCAAGGCGUCAAGUGGCAGGCCAGCGGGAUCUUGGAAGACGGCAGCAAUCUUCCGGACCAGGACGUCAGGAUCGCGAAGCCGUUUACGAUCCACAUGGGAGGACCAGGUCUCUGCGUUGAUGCGAAAGGACGGCAGCGGACAGAAAUUCUGUCAUGGCCACCGGCGGCUGCAGGCGAGACGUGGAUCUAUAAAUGGCGCUUCCAUCUCUCUCCCUCCUUACCGACGUCCUCGAAGUUCUUCCACCUGACGCAGCUUCUUUCGCGAGAACAAGGCGGCUUCGUCGUUGCCCUCGGACUCGUCAACGGCAAGAUCAAGAUUAGCUCAGUGUUGCAGCCUCUCCUCGGUGACAGUGGCCAGCCUGUCCCGCUGCCUGAGAUGCCGGCGGAAGACUUCUGGGGACGGACAACGUAUCAUCGCAUGGCGGUUCGAUGGGGUCCGGGAGGAUCCGUCGAUUACACAAUCCAAGACGACGCCACUCUCGCUCCGCUCCUCCGCUACUGCGUUUCCGAAGUCGACAUACCGGCGCAAGGCUCGAUCAAGACAGGCCUGUAUCGCGCGCACGUCUGCAGCGCAGCGACAUCCGUCGUCGGCGAUUUCGACUUCAAGCGGCGAUGA